CACAUUUUGUGUGUGUUUGCAUGUGACGUCACAAGGGUGAAGAGUGGAUUUAAGCUGGCUUUAUUUGGUCUGUAAUCCCUCAUAGCAAUCUGAAUGAGUAAAAUGUUCAGAGUUGGAGCGGAUCAGCUUCGCUGGAUUAUCACAAGCCCCUGCCUCCCCCACACCAACCCUCCCCUUGUUAAAAAUUUUCUUCCUGUCUCCGUUUUCUCUCUUUUUCUUUCCCUCUGUCUGUUCACGCUUGUCGCUUUGCAUUGCCAGAAUGGAGUAGUCAGGCAGGCUUCGGCUACCAACAUUAUUUGUGAGAGUGCAUGGUGUCCUCUUUCCUGCUUCCAUCACCACCAGCAGUAUUCCCCAGAUUAAUUAUUCACCGAUCGCCAAGCAAGAGGAGCCAUUUGAUAGCCAGUCCUUGCCACUUUGAUAGAGACGGGAGACAGAAAUUACAACUGGACCUCAGGUGAAAAGCAAUACUUCUGUUUUAAUUUUUUUCUUUCACCUCCCUGCCUCGCACCACUUGACAACAUCCUGCAACUAGAAACUUAAAGGAAAACCGUUCUCAUUUUUCUUCCCUGUGAGUAAGGUAUAUCUCUUCCUCAUGUUGAUCUCCAGUAAGCAGUUGCCGAUCGGCCGUUCCCAGAGCUGGGACACGCUGGGUGGGAAUGAGGGUCAUUGGGAGCGCAGUGACAGUGUUUACGAGCAGCAGGCCCGGAUGGCUGGUCGACGCAACUCGCUGAGCUAUGGAGCGGAUGCGGGAGGGGGAUGGUAUGAGCCACUGCCUGGAGUGCGUCCCCCUGACCUGGAUUUGAAACGGGAGCAAGACUCCUACCAGGAAUCUCUUUACAAUCAGGGAUAUUUGGAUCGUCCUGACCCACGUAACAUAAGAAAGAGCUCCGUUCCUGAGUUGAAUAGCCAUUACGACCGGUCACCCAUGGCUCACCGUGGUUCCCUGCCACCCCACGACUACUAUCAGCAAGACUCAGGCAUGCCACCACGGCCAACCGAGGGUUUUUAUCGUGGAGAGCAACCUCAUUCUCUUAAUAGGUCAUCUUCACAUUAUGGAAUGAUGGCUGGUCAUCGGCAAUUGUGGGAACAGAGCUCAGGAAGUCGGCCUGGUUCUGCUGCCCCAACACCUGGCAUACCUCCUCCCCCACCUCCAACUGCUCAUGACAUGGGUCGUAUUUACAGAGAGCCGUCUCUGCCUGGACCCCCACAUGCUUCUCCUGGCACCAAAAUUAUGCAGGAUGGGCAGCGCAUUCCAAGCCGUGCACCAUCUCCAGCUCGUUAUUUUAUGGAGCCAAAUUCUCCCCGUUAUGGUGCUGAGCCACCUGCCUCUCUAACUAGCCAUUCAGUCUACAGUGAUGUUAACGGAAGGCCGAUUGAUCCUCAUCAGCCAACCGCCACCUGCCUGGUGGUUGAACCAGUUGCUCAAGGAAUGGAUGGAACUGCACGAGGUAUGGUCAUGCAUCCGGAAAACCCCUCACCAUACACCAUACAACAGCAACAGCAAGCCCAACAGCAGGCUCAACAACAAGCACAGCAACAAAUGCAGCAACAGCAAAUGCAGCAGGUUCAGCCAGUCCAGCAAAUGCAGCAAGCUCAGCCAGUGCAACAAAUACAGCAAGUACAGCAAAUCCAGCCCAUUCAGCCAGUGCAGCAAGUUCAGCAGGUACCACAGGUUCAGCCAGUGCAGGAAGUUCCACAUGUGCAACCCUUGGCACCCCCAAAUCCUGUCUAUACUCCAGCUCCCCCUAUAGCUGCUGCCCCAGUAAACACUCCAAGUGUGGCCACUAUUCCUGCUCCGUUACCUCAAAUUCCUGCUCAAACUUUUACUGUUCCUCCUCCUCCCACUGUUCCUCAGACCCCAGUGGCUCCUGUAGACCCUAAAAAAAAUGCGGACCCUGAGUUUCUGGCAUUGCUGCAAAAAGAGGGCCUCUCAGAAAGCACCAUCACCUCUCUACUGCAGCAGGGCUUUGACUCCACUGCAAUGCUGGCUGUAAUGGAGGAAAAUGAUGUGCGUUCAGUGGCUCCAAACUUAGGACAAGCUCGGGUUCUGUCGCGUGUUGUGCUUGGAUGCAAGCGACCCCCCGAAAUCCUUCAUGCUACCCCACUGCAUCCCAGUGCUCCGGUCCGUGGCAGAUCUAACAGCUUUAGCCAUCGCAGUGACAUUUACGUGCACCAGCCUCCACCCUUGACUCCAGGCAUGGAGUCCCAAUAUAUGCAGCCACCUUCUACCCCCAUGCAGACUAUAUCUCCAAGGAUGGGUGAAGGUUAUAGUCGCAGGCCCAGCAGUGCUCCCUCCCAGCAUCUUCUUGAGACCAGUGGGUAUCCUGGAGCCAGGUCUGCAGGAGCAUACAGUGGUGCUGUGGUUCCAGUCCAGCCUCGCGCUUUUUCAGGUUACAAUCCUCAUGCUGGCUUGCCCAUGCCACAUAUGACUGCAAUGUCCCAACAGGUAGCAAUUCCAUCACAUCUACCAGGAAUGCCACCACAAAUGGCAGCUUUGCCAGCCCCAAUCCAUGGAAUGCCACAGACAUUGCCAGCAGUUCCCCAACCAAUGACUGUUCCUGCUUUGGGGCCACAGCAGGCUCCGAAGGCAUAUACCACCAACUAUACUGUACCAAUGGAGUUGAUGAAGAGGGAUCGAAGCUUGGCUGCAAUGUCACCCAUGCCUAGUCCCAAUGUAAGCCCACAAGUACUACGCAAGGCUGGAGUGUCCUCAGACAGAGCCCUAGUACCCAUUGGUGGUGCCGUCCCAGGUCAAAAUGUGAGUCUGUCUAAUCAGAAGCUCAGCCGGCGUACUGGACCUCCGGUCAUUGUCUCCACUAUGGCAUCGCCAGACACAAGUAUAAGGCCGCAAAUCAUGAACGGUCCGAUGCAUCCUCGGCCGCUGGUGGCUCUGCUGGACGGGAGGGACUGUACCGUAGAGAUGCCCAUCCUGAAGGAUUUAGCCACUGUGGCGUUCUGUGACGCUCAGUCAACGCAGGAAAUACAUGAGAAGGUGUUGAACGAGGCAGUGGGGGCGAUGAUGUACCACACCAUCACUCUGACCAGAGAAGAUCUGGAGAAAUUUAAAGCCCUCCGAAUCAUAAUCCGCAUCGGUAGUGGAUAUGACAAUAUUGACAUUAAAGCAGCUGGAGAGAUGGGUAUUGCGGUGUGUAAUAUUCCAUCAGCUGCUGUGGAGGAGACGGCAGACUCAACGCUUUGCCACAUCCUGAACCUGUACCGGAGGAACACCUGGCUGUACCAGGCCAUGCGUGAGGGCACACGGGUCCAGAGCGUGGAGCAGAUCAGAGAGGUGGCGUCAGGGGCCGCCCGCAUCAGAGGAGAAACACUCGGACUUAUUGGCUUUGGACGAUCAGCACAGGCUGUGGCUGUUCGAGCAAAAGCGUUUGGCUUCAGUGUGAUCUUUUAUGACCCGUACCUGCAAGACGGUUUAGAGCGAUCGCUGGGCGUCCAGAGAGUUUACACCUUACAGGACCUCCUGUACCAGAGCGACUGUGUGUCUCUCCACUGCAACCUAAAUGAACACAAUCACCACCUCAUCAACGACUUCACCAUCAAGCAGAUGCGACAGGGAGCAUUUCUAGUCAACACAGCACGAGGGGGUCUGGUAGAUGAAAAGGCCCUGGCUCAGGCUCUCAAAGAGGGCAGGAUACGGGGGGCUGCCCUGGACGUCCACGAGUCUGAACCCUUCAGUUUUUCUCAGGGGCCUCUGAAGGACGCGCCCAAUCUGAUCUGCACCCCUCACACAGCGUGGUACAGUGAGCAGGCCUCACUAGAGAUGAGAGAGGCAGCAGCCACUGAGAUCCGCAGGGCCAUCACCGGUCGUAUUCCAGACAGUCUCAGAAACUGCGUCAACAAAGAGUUUUUUGUGACUACGGCACCGUGGGGGGUGAUGGAGCAGCAGGUACAUCCAGAGCUCAACGGCGGAGCCUACAGCAGAGUGGCCCAGCCGCUACCAGCCGUUUCUCCUGGCGGCAUGCAAGACAAAAUGUAUACCUAAACAAUGACAGGUUUCCUCCUGGUGCGGUGGGUGUGUCUCCUGGUGGCAUGGGUGGACAGAUAGAGGGCAUGAUGCCCGGGGCCCACCCCCUGCCGCCGGGCACCCAGCCCAGCCUCGCCCCGUCCCCCACCCCAUUCCUCAAACACAACGACCAUAGAGAACACCUCGCCAAGUCAUAACCACCUGACCACUGAGCGACAGUCAUUCAGCAAAACUGCAAAUCAAAGAGACUAAGAGACAGUGAACGGGUGAACAAGCAAUCAGCUGCCACUAGCUGCACCGGAGACAUGCUUCACGGACGUCUCUCCACCGUCUUGUUUUCAGUUUAAGUGUUUUUCCAUUCAUUUCCGUUGUUUCUGUUGUUCUUGUGAGGGGAGGACAUCAUUUCCACCUGUUUUUGAAACAGGUGGGCGGUGCUUUCUUUGUCGGGGGCGUGGCAUGACAAUGGCCACACCUCUUUCCUUGUGCACCACUUACAGAGUUCGAAUCGUUGACAGUUAUCAGAUGCCAUGCACUUGUCUUCUUCCUCUUCGCCUUAUUUGGGCCCCUAAACAAAACUCAUAACUGUCUCUUUCUUUACACAUCCACAGAAUUAGUGCUUGUCUUUGUUUGAAUGUUAAAAGUGCUUGAUAAUGAAAAAAUAUAUAUACAGUGUAUCUAUUAAGAGAACAGAGAGGUAAAGGCUGGUCUUGGGCAAAAAUGAAGAUGAAUUCUUAGCUUUUUUCCAACAUUUUGCAUAGCUGACCUCUUGUUUACAGAAUUGCACAAAUUCAACAAGCACCAGCUCAGAAACAAGUCCUCUUCAAGACCCAAGAGCACACUAUUUUACUGAUAUAUUCAUUCAUUUCGGUUCAAAAUGAGUUUGCAGGAUUUCAAAUACAAACUGCGUUAGGUUUUAAGAUGUCAAGUUUCCAAAAUCUUCAAUUUGGAUUUGAGUGAACGUCACCGUGAGGGACAUAAUUUUGAUUUUGUGUUUGCUUUCAAAAAAAAAAAAAAAAAAAAAAAAAAAAGAUGGCAGCUCACACAGAAAAAGGGACUGGAGUGAAAAACCGCCCCUGUCUCAGGAAGAACAUUUACCGGUUACUCCAAAACAAAUGACAGCCCCGUCUAAAUACCCACUCCUUCCCGUCAGCCUACCCGAGGUAUUUUUAUAGAUCUGACAUCCAGUGCGUUUUUGGUGUUGAAUGUAUGGCAGUUAAAUUAGAUUUGUAUUGUCUAGUUUAAUGUUUUUGUAACCAUACUUGCCUGUUAUCCUCUCCCUGUUCCUUUUCAUUUUGGGUUCUUUAUGUGGAAGCGCACUGUUCGGAGCUCAUUGUGUUGUUUAUAUGCAAUAUUCUGAGAUCCCCGGCCAACUCCAGUCAGGUUGGUUCUGGAACUGUAGGUUUGGUUUUUAGUGUGAGUAUUUGUAUUUGUUUAUUGUACCGAGGUGAACAUUUAGCAUACAGUACAGUUCAAAUAAAAAAUACCAUUCUGACUUUC